AUGGCGGAUGCGGACGAGAGCUUGGAGGAAGCAUGCGAUGUGACAGUGGGCCUGGCGGAGUGCUACGCGGAGGGGUGCUGGGGCGAAUGCACGUUGCAGAUGGUGAAGCCUUUUGCCACCCUCUGCAUCCUCUGUAUGGCCGCGGAGAGCGGCGCAUAUGUGCUGAAGCCGCUCAACCUGCCGACGAUCACUCUCUUCAUUUUCUUCGGCGUGCUGAUCGGACCCUUUGGCAUGUCUAUGCUCAGUACGGUCGACGUGGGGCGUCUCUCGUGGAUCAAUGAGGUGGCCCUCGGAUUCAUCGGCCUCUCUGCUGGUGGCAAGUUUCACCUGCAGGAGAUCCUCAAGAACCUAAAGCCGGUGCUCAUCAUCCUCUUUUGGCUCACAUUUGUGACCUGGUCGUUCGUCGUGCUCGGCACCCUCUGCUUUGCCACCUACUUCAUGCCCUUUAUGAACGAGCUCACGUCUACGCAGAAAAUCUGCGUCGCCAUCGUCACCGGGUGCCUCGGCGCAGCGCGCUCGCCCUCAUCCGCUAUCGCCAUCAUCGAGGAGCUUCAGGCCAAGGGGCAGUUCACCACCACAUGCCUCGCUGUCACAGUGCUGCUCGAUGUCGUCGUCGUUCUCCUCUUUGCCGUCACCAACCUCGUGUCGCCACGCGGGCUGCCAACCACAGAGGACAGCGCCGUCAAGUCGCACGUCGAGUCUCCUGCCAGGAACGGUAGCGUGGCCACGCCGCCGAUGCAGACGACCGACUCAAAGCAGGGCCUCCCUACUGGCUGGAUCGAGGUGCCGUGCGGCGAAGGCAACGAGGCUUCGCCCACAAAGCAGCUGUUUUACAACAUGAUGACGGGCGAGACGAGCUGGGUGUGCUGUCCACUCCUUGUGCGAGAGGCCGCCGCCAGCGAGCUCCAGCAGCGUGCCGCCCUCGCCGUCCAUUUUUCGUGCUGUGCCCGCCUCGCCCAUGCGCGGCUUUCGCUCGCCCUCGCCUUCGCCCGCAAGCUCCUACGCGCCUAG